CCAUUGUUUUAUUUUAUUUUAUUUAUUUAUUCUCAAGUUGUGUGUUUUCUUUCGAUCUUCGCUUUGUCUGGAGUAUUAGGGUUGGUAUAUCAGCAACAUGUGUUGAUCUAGUUUAGUAGUUCUGAGUUUCUGCUUGAUUCGUGGUUCGAAGUGUAUUAUUAUUGUUCUUUGUUUUCAGACGUUUCUGGUUCCGUAUUUUGUAGCUACUACCGAACUUUUUCGACUGAGUUCCGUUGUUUAAGUUGAUGAAUGUGGGUGAAGACUUUUGUUGAUCACGUGGAGUGUUUGUAUAGGGCUGGCACCCAUGUCAUAUUCCUAUUAUUUCCUGAAAUGACCUUUGGCUGCAUACUGGGCGAAAGUCAAAAACUGAUUAGAACUUAUGAAUCAGCUAAGGAAGUGAUGAAUUUUGUGCCGAUUUAACCUCUUGGUGUGGUUAUUAUUUGAGGAUAAACCCUGCUUAUGCUGUCCUCCUCAAAAUAGGAUUGCCGUCCUUUCUUCUUGUUGAAGGUAAAUUUAAUGGAUGAUGGUCCUCCGAAACUAAAAAUCAUCCCUGAUCACUUUCAAGUUCCAACGUCAAGUUUAGAAUCCCCUGAGAGCAGAACAUCAUCUAUUACAGAGCCUGGAACUGAUCAAUCUUCAAGGUCCUCACGCCAUCAACGGACUCGAAGGAAAUUAAGGACAGCUUUCAUGUUGAACUUGUUUUCUCCUCGGCGACUGUCAUGGGGUUCCAGUACUGGAGGUCAGGAAAAGGUUGAGCUAACAGCUGCGGAAGUAGAAUCACUUCGAACAGAACUUGCUGAUAUAGAGGAGAGGGAAGCUCACUUGAAAGCUCAGUUGGAACAUAUUGAUGAAGUUUUGCGGUCUGCUCGUUUAUCUGGAUAUUUAUACAUUCGAACUAGAUGGGCAGCACUACCAGGAGAACCUGCACCGAUAGAUGAUACAGAAGUAGAUGACCGGCUUCCUCGUUUUGUUGUUCUCCACGGAGAAUGUAUAUUUUUAUAUCUGUUGUGUACAGAUCUAAGCCCCCAGGACUCAACCCUUCUAUCUGAUAUCAUUGAAGUAGGAAGUUUACCAUGUUUUAAGCAAGAAGAUGAUGAAAUUCAGUAUGCCUUUUAUAUUUUAACUCGUCAUGGAUUGCGAUAUGAAUGCUCAAGCAGUUCUAAGAUACAGGUGGACUCUUGGUUAUCAGCUUUACAAAGCGAAUGCAAGUUGGAAUGUGAUACAUUUUGUAAAGCUGACUGCAAACUGGAAUCUGAUACUUCAGUUCCCAAUGGUUCGACUGAGAUGUAAUAUAAGUACACCUUGUUUGGUGAGUUUAAGUGGCUUUGUAAAUCUUGGCUACUUUGUAAAUGACGAUGAUAUCUUGAAAGUAACUUAAUAAAAACUAGUGAUUUAUUUGUGAC